AAACAAAAAGUACAAGAUUAUGCAGGAAUGGACAAUAGUACAAGAGGUGGAAGAGGAGUGGAGCCAGGAGGAGCAGGCAGCUGCUCACAAGAGAAGAAUACAACACUCGCCUGCCUUUUUUCCCCCUCUCGGAGAGUGCCAAAGGCUUUGGGGAUGUGUAUAAAUCUACAAAAUCUUCCUGUUGGAGAUUUGAGUUUCCGACUUAAAGGAAAGGCUGUCUCUCUGCUUUAGUGCUGCUUCUGAUGCAUGGAGUAGCAGGAGCAGCAACAGUAGCAGUCGCAGCAGCAGCAGCCAUGGUGGUGGUGACUGAGCUAGGAUGGGCAAUCACCUACUGCCACUACUAGACGCCUAUUUUUGCAGAGGCAAGCUGCUUGCGUGACUGGUCAAAGCUUCCUCUCUUCUACUCUCCUAAAAUGACUUCCACAUGCUCUUAAAUUCGCUGCCUCAACCUUUUUCCUCCUUGUCGAUUCCUCCUCCUCCUCCUCCUCCUUCUCCUUCUUGGUCGUCGUCGUCGUCUUCUUCUCCUUAUUCUUCUCGAUUUUCACUGCAUUGUUCCUAGUCGUGGUGAUUAUAAAAUACAAGGUGCUGCUUUUGUGGAGGAGAGGGGCAGCAAAAGGAAGGGAAAGGAAGGAAAAUCCAAUGAUAGAGAUAGUGACAUUGUUGGUCGAGGUUCAUUGCAUGGACGGGCGAGAUUCGAGCUACUGUUGCGUGAGGACUCGUUUGCUUUAAGUCUUGUUGUGGAGGCAACUGUUUCGGUUGUGCAGCUGCGAGGUCUUAUAUAUAGGGAAGGGGAAGAGGGAGUUGAUGGAGGCGGAGGGGAAGGAGGCCGGCGGGGAUGAGGCGGUGGCGGAGGAGGGGGUGGUUAGCGGCGCGCGGAAGCGGUACGAGAGGCUGGUGGCGGUGAGGAGCAAGGCGACGAGGGGGAAGGGCGCGUGGUACUGGGCGCACCUGGAGCCGAUCAUGGUGACGCCGGCGGGGGCGGCGCAGCCCGCGGAGGCGAAGCUCCGGUGCGGUCUUUGCUAUGCUAUGUUUUCGGCGUCCAACCCAUCCCGCACCGCCUCCGAGCACUUGAAGCGCGGCGCGUGCCCCAACUUUGCCUCGCCUUCGUCCGCCGCCGGGGCAGUCGAUCCGCUGCCCAUCUCCUCGCUCCCGCCAGCUUCGCCCCGCCACCGCCCUCCAGUUAUGAGGCGCCCCGCCCUGCCCGCGCCCCCGCCGCCUCCCAAGCCUGCUCUCGUUCUAUCGGGAGGGAAAGAAGACCUCGUUGCGCUCGCCAGGCUGGAGGAUAGCGUGAAGAAGCUCAAGAGCCCCAUGGCCGCCCCCGCCGCAGCGCUGCCCAAGCCUCAGGCCGAAGCUGCCUUGGCCCUCCUCGUUGACUGGCUAUUGGAGUCCGGAGGAGCCGUCUCCCUUUACGCCCUCGACCACCCAAAGUUCCGGUCUUUCCUCAACCAGGUCGGCCUCCCCUCUGUUUCCCCCCGCCGGCUCGCCCUCUCUCAACUCCACGCCCGAUACCUCGAGGUCCUAUCCGACUCCGAGGCCAGAAUCCGCGAAGCCGCCUUCUUCCAGCUCUCCUCUGAUGGCUGGAAGUCAUCGGCCACGUCAUCAGACCACGCGAUCGUGAGCUUCGCGGUGAACCUCCCCAACGGGAAAACAUUGUUCCACCGCUCCAUUCUCACUGCCGGUGGAGCGCCCUCUGGCUACGCCGAGGAGGUGCUAUGGGACGCCGUCGCCAAACUAUGCUGCAGUUUUACCGAACGGUGCGCCGGCAUUGUCGCCGACCGCUUCCGGAAGACGGCGCUCCACAACCUCGAGAGCCGGAACGAACGCAUGGUGAACCUCUCCUGCCAACUCGAGGCCUUCAACGGCUUGAUCAAAGACUUCGCCCUGCAGCUCCCCCUGUUUCGAAAAGUCUCCGACAAUUGCCUCAAGCUAGCCAACUUCCUCAACGCUCAAUCUCAGGCCAGAAGAAUUUUUCUCAAAUAUCAGCUCGAAGAGCAUGGCCACGCUCGUCUUCCAAGAUCUGCCGCCGCCGAUGAUGCCAAUCAAGUCUCCGACAAACUAGCAGUGGUGGAGGAUGUGAUGGAAUUUGCCCAUCCAAUCCAAAUGGCCGCUCUCGACGAGGACUACAAGUUGGUCUACCGUGAAGAACAAAUUGCUGGAGAAAUGGCAGAAUUGAUCCAAAACGGUGGCUUUUGGACUGAGCUGGAGUCAGUUCACUCCCUAGUGAAGCUCGUGAAGGCCAUGACCCGUGAAAUGGAGUCGGAGCGGCCACUGGUCGGGCAAUGCUUGCCUCUGUGGGACGAGCUAAGGGCGAGGGUCAGAGAAUGGAGUGUUAAAUACAGCAUGAACAGCGAGGUGGUGGAGAAUGUGAUCCAGAGGAGGUUCUUGAAGAACUAUCACCCGGCGUGGUCGGCGGCGUUCGUGUUGGAUCCCCUGUUUCUUGUCAAGGACACCAGCGGGAAGUACCUCCCCCCUUUCAAGUGCUUGGCUCCGGAGCAAGAUAAGGAUGUCGGUAGGCUAAUCACGCGGCUGGUGUCGCCGGAGGAAGCUCACAUUGCGUUGAUGGAGCUGAUGAAGUGGAGGUCAGAAGGAUUGGAUCCUUUUUAUGCACAAGCAGUUCAGGUGAAGCAGCAUGACCCCUCGACCGGGAAGAUGAAGAUUGCCAAUCCACAGAGCCGUAGGUUGGUGUGGGAAACCUGCUUGAGUGAGUUCAAAUGCCUCCAAAAAGUGGCCGUGAGGCUCAUCUUCCUCCAUGCCACUUCGUGUGGAAUCAAGCGCGAUUCGUCGCUGAUCCGGUGGAUGCAUUUGCAUUCUCAAUCAGAGGCUGCAAGGAAGAUGGCUUUUAUAACUGCUCAUUCAAAGAUUGCAAAGAUGAAUUUCUCAAGUGAAACAAUGGAUGUCGAUAUUCUGAGCAUGCGAGAGGAGGAGGAGGAGGAGAUGCUCGGUGGAGACAUCGCAGGUGCUUCAGCAGUGUAACAUCUGUUUUUUCUGAAUUUUUUUCUUCUUCACUUCUUAAUUCCUACGUUGAUGAGUGUAGACUAGGAUUGUAACUAGGAAUGUUGAUUCUUUGUUUGAGCUCUUGAUCAGCCUUAUUGUUCUUCUAACAUCUACUCAAGAUUUUGUUUGGAGUGGGAGUAGAGACAUAAAAGAACUAUUAAAUAUUUGUUUCUGGUGAU